AUGGACUUCUCCUCCAAAGUCCUCCCCGUAGCCGCCCUCGGGGUGGUCCUUGUGGUCCUCACUCCAAGAGUCAUCAAAUGGGCAAGCACCUACAAAUCCAGUCUACUCCAAGCCCUCAGGCUCCAAAAAGAGACCAGCAGCGAGAUCGUCUCGCUACGCAUCUACCCCAUCAAGUCCUGCCGCGGGAUUGAACUCCCCAGAACCACUCUCCGCCUGCAUGGCCUAGACCUCGACCGGCAGUGGAUGUUCGUAGACGCAAAAACCCACGAGUUCCUCACCAUCCGCCAACUCACCCAAAUGACACUCAUCAACACCGCCCUCAGCGACGACGGCACCUCCCUCCUGCUGAGCAUCACCGGAUCCGACGAGAAGGUUCAGAUCCCCGCCCGCCCAGACGCCGCCUGGCUAGCGGCCCACACCACCCUCGCCCAGGUCAAGGUCUGGGACACGCUGACCGACGGGUACCUCUACGGCGACGCCGUCAAUGCCCCGUUCACCAGGUUCCUGCAGCGCGAUGUCUGUCUGGUCUACAAGGGCCCCACGCCGCGCAUCCUGCAGGGUAACGGAGACCCGCGCCUCCUGGGACGGCAGCAGAGCACAAACUUCCCCGACGUGCAUCCCGUGCAGAUUGCCUCCGAGGCGUCCCUGGCGGAGCUGAACCAGAGGUUGCGGCGCAAGGGCGCGCAACCGAUUACCGUUGAGCGGUUCCGGCCGAAUAUCAUCGUCCGGGGGACGGUGCCUUGGGCGGAGGACUCGUGGAAAACGGUCCGAAUUGGGUCCGAGCUGGACUUGGAUGUUGUGGCGCGCUGUGCGCGGUGCCAGGUGCCGAAUGUUGAUCCGGAGACGGCGGAGAAGCAUAAGCGGGAGCCGUGGGAUACACUGAUGACGUACCGCCGGGUGGAUGAGGGGAUCAAGUAUAAGCCUUGCUUUGGGAUGCUGAGUGCGCCGCGGAAUGAGGGCGUUGUUGAGGUGGGGAUGACGCUUGAGGUGUUGGAGGAGACGACGCAGCAUCGGUAUAUUAAAGGAUUCUGA